CCGAGAGAAACAUACAAGGAUAUCGAUCGUGGACGGUCUCGAUCUUGUUGAUUUUCCGCAUGGAGCACAAAGACUAUGCCACCGUGUCCUAUGAUCAGUCAGUAGUUAGUUGUACUUUAUUGAUGCCUGACAACCUCCACAUUAAUAUACUGAGAAGAGGUCAUUACGAAGUUUCAAUGCAAGACCAAGUUAAUCUGAAGAUUUUCAACAAUGACGCGGUGUUCUGGAAGAUAUGUGCUACUUGCGGCGGUAGAUCGAUGUCGACUUACCAUAUAAGGUUUGGGAAUCCGGAGCUGAUUCCCAAACGAUUCUCACGACUGUUGGUAUUCUUGGGGAUAUGCUUGAGGUUAAAAGUGAUGGUACCACGCGUUAUCAUCGAAACGAGGACCAUCAAAAGGGUCGCGAAUGCAACGACGACGGUCUUGAAUACGGCGAAGAAAAAAGAAACAGCGAAGAAAAAGGCGCCAACUUGGAGGCAAGGAUCUAUUGCAAACAUGAACGUUACAUCUGACAAACGGACGGAUUACGAUAGAAUUGAAUUACCGCGAAGCACUUAUUCAUUCCCGUACAACUGGUUGUUCCCCUUUGGCAAAAAAGUAGUUUCUGAAAGAACUCGGAACGAAGUUUUAGCAAAGCGAAAUGAGCAGUCGCUGCCGAAGUUAUUGCGAGUGCGCGUCUUCUUCGGCAUUAAAGGGGCAGACAGAAGCGUCCUGAUCGAUAUGCAGAGAGCUAUGGGACGCUAUUGGAUAUCUGUGUUACGUGAUGGUGACAAAUGUCGGCUAUUUUACGCGACUGAAAGCAGUCAACCCUGCGAAGUUGAAAAUGAUUACGGGAGUUUAGAGGACGGCCUACGAAAACUGGCUGUAGGCGUUAAGAGAAGCAUCGACGUCGAGACGUACGUCAGAAGCCUUCAGGGUAAGCUCAUUAAAACGAGCACGAAAGCUCUUCGGCAGUCGAGCCGUCUUGUGGAGUUACUUCGUCAAAGAGGCUCCAUGAAGAAGGUAUAUGAAUGGUAUAAACAGUGCAUGAGGAAACGAAUUAUUGUGCCUUUGGAAAUAUUGCUGACUUGCGUUAUUUCUUAAUGAAAAACCAUGUCGACGAGCUAAUAUCGAGGAAAAGUUACUCGUGUGUGUCGCGAGAAAAAGAAGACAAACUUAUCGACAGAAAUAAAGAAAAUUGUUGAUCUUUCUGUUGAAAUGU